AGGCAGUCAGCCGCCCCACUCCUCCUCCUGCGUCUGUCUGCAUCUGCAGUCAUGGACUCCAUCCUGCUGCAGGUCUGAGCUGCUCACCGGGAACCUUAGAUUCACUGUAAAGCUCUUUCUUUUUUUUUUUUAUUCGCAGCACAAGGACUUCUUUCACACAGAUCUCAGAUGUUUUCAUGUCCAUCCAAGGGGGAUUUUCAGGCCCACCAUGGUUUUUCCUACAUAAAGUAACAGUGGGACUUUGAGAGCUGAUGUUUACCUGCUGCUGGGAAUAAGAGGACCUCGCUGGGACGGCUGUUCCUUCCCAUGUGGGUUUGAGGCCCGCAGAUGGGCUUGUCGGGGGUUCGGGGAUCUGAGCUUUUUUCCUUCAGAUGAACUUGGACGUUUUUCUUUUACGACAUGGGCUGAGCUCCUGAAGAACUAGAGAAUCAACAGUGGAGGCUGCACUUUUGUUGGAGGAGAUUCAGCAUCACUUCUCUGUUUACACUGGAGUUUAUUUCAACGGUGGUGUUUCACCAUUCCAGCUGAAGACAAAGCCGGUCUUGCUGGCCUGUUCCACCUGUUGUAGUGCGACAGGGAGCGGCGUCAAUAUUAUGUGCAUGUAGAGAAGGCAAAGAACAGUGAAUUAUUUAUUUUCAACAUGUCCCCCACUCGACCCAUCCUUUGUUUACACGUCUAGCGCUUGGACUCCUCCAGUAGAAUCUGCUGCUGCUCCUCCUCCUGCUCGCUCGUUGUUUCUUCUCCCCGGACCAUGAGUCUCUCCGGCCUGGCUCUGCUGCUGCUGCUGCUCCAGGUCUCCAUCCUGCUGCUGGAGGGCAUCAACACCUGCCAGUUCAUCAACUUGGACGAGCAGAAGUCUCGACGCAUCGAGGCGGUGCGCGGGCAAAUCCUCAGCAAGCUGCGCAUCCGGAGCCCGCCGGACCCGGACACGGACGACGAGCAGCCGGCGGACGCGGUGCCGCCGGAAGUCAUGCUGCUCUACAACAGCACGCGGGAGCUGGUCAAGGAGCGCGCGCGUUCGGCGGAGUCCGCGUGCGAGCGCGAGAGCAGCGAGGAGGAUUACUACGCCAAGGAGGUGCAACGGAUCGAUAUGCUGCCUCCGCCAACCGACACAAAUGCCGUGCAGCCCAUAAUACCCAACCCUCAUUACAGAGUCGUCAACUUUGACGUCAGCGGAGUGGAAUUUACAAACGGCACAUUGGUCAAGGCUGAAUUUAGGAUUUUCAGAGCCCCUAAUCCACAAGCCAAGGCCUCCGAGCAGAGAGUGGAGAUCUACCAGCUACUGAAGCCGGAUGAAGACAGCACUUCCACCCAGCGUUAUAUCGACUCCCGCACUCUUCAGCCGCGCGCCAAAGGUUCCUGGAUCUCUGUCGAUGUUACAGAAACCGUUAAGGACUGGGUUUCGGAUCCAGAGAAUAACUUGGGUUUGAGGCUCGGCGUCCACUGCCCCUGCUGCACUUUUGUUCCGUCCACCAACAAUAUAGUUCCCAACAAGAGUGAGGAGCUGGAGACGCUGUUUGCAGGAGUGGACGAUGAGCAGCUCCGUCAGAGUAGGAAGCCUGGUCAGGUUAAAGGUCAACCCGAUUUCAGCACCAAGACUCCUCAUCUCAUACUGACACUGCUGCCCAGCGAUAGAGUCGACAGCCCGGCCAGGAAGAACCGCAAGAAGAGAGCAGCCGCCACAGACACCACAACUUGCUCACGUGGUUCAGACCAGGGCUGCUGCCUGCGAUCACUGUACAUCGACUUCAGACGCGACCUCAACUGGAAGUGGAUCCACGAGCCCAAAGGUUACAAGGCCAACUUCUGUGCCGGCAGCUGCCCGUAUCUCUGGAGCGCAAACAACCACUACAACAUGAUCCUCCCUCUGUACAACAAGCUGAACCCAGAAGCCUCGGCGUCGCCUUGCUGCGUUCCUCAGGACCUGGAGCCGCUCACCAUCAUGUACUUCAUCGGCCGCACGCCUCGCGUUGAACAGCUCUCCAACAUGGUGGUCAAAUCCUGCAAGUGCCGCUGAAGUGGAGGUGAGAGGGCGACGGUUUCACUCAGGGGAGGCACAAGGAUCAGCAGAACUUUUGAGGGAUAUUUUCUUACUCCGCCUGAUUCAACUUUGCAUUCUCUGGAACAUUCCAGCUGAUAUAGGACGAAUAAAUAUGCCGCCCGUUUCCUCCGCCUGGAUAUUAACAGGCCUGUUGUUUGAACAUGUGGUCUGCCUGCCGCACAGAGAGGAUUCUUUGACGGCGUUUUUGAUUCUGCGGCGCGUGUCUCUGCGGCUGCGGGCGGCAGACCCAUCCAGACGUUGCUUGUUUGCUUUAGGUUGAACGUGUUGAUCAGUUUGAGGCGGCGUGGAAAGGUCCACAGUCUCAGAGCUUUCGUCAGGUCGGCAGCGGAGGAGAGAGGAGAGCUGUGUCCGGACCGGGCUCUGCCAGCUCUCUGCGGUCCUGGCCCGAAAUCGGCCCGGCGUAAACAGGAUGUGAAAGAUUUCCAGACACCGAGCCGGCCACUCACGGAACGCUCGAUUUAAAUUCUCCUCUCAUCUCCUCCCACUCUCUCGCUGGUUCUGGGAUUUGUGGUGGGAGGAGAGAAGGAGAGGCUUUGAAAACGAGACGUGGGAUGAUAGAGCGCGCUGCAAGCGUGGAAGGUGGUAUUUUGCCGUCUUAGCAAAUUUGUAACUAUUUGGUUCUGGUUCCAACUUUCCGUAAUCACGCUCAUUUUCUCCGUGUGCCUGCGUUCGCCGAUUGUAGGACGGCUGUUGACUCACUUCUAUUCCGGCUCUCUGAUUAUAUUUUGUCACCCAGAUGUUUACCAUCAGUGAUUUAGCCAAACACACACAUUGACCACUCUGAUAGAGCUGAAAAUACCAAGGGAAAAAAAACAUCCCCAGGGUUCAGUUUAAAUAUAGACUUUCUGGUAUGUCAGUGGUUUGUGUGUGUGUGUGUGUGUGUGUGUGUGUUUGUGUGUGUGUGUGUGUGUGUGGUUCGGCUUGAUAGCAGCCCAACUGUUUUGUGUACUUCGUUGUGACUGUGUGUAUGGAAGCUGCCUGGGCGGAUGAUCUCACUGUGACCAUGCCGGACAUCACACAAGUGACAAUAACGCUUGAGUUGAAUAAGAACCGCUCGGCGCCAGGGUUAGCAUGACGUUGCGUGCUGCUAGCAUUAUUCAUGAGCGGCGCAGUCCCUCGGAGGGUUGAAGGAAUGACGGUCAAAGCAAAGACGUACAACUGAAACAUAAAAACAAUCAUUACCACCUGCAUAAAUAAAUGUAUGACAACACACGACUGCUGUAUCCAGUUUUUUUUCCAUG